GCGUAGAGCUGCUGAGCAAUAAACUUUCUUUUCCCCGAAUUCCUGCUGGAAUCUGCACCUGCCCAGUUUACCCAGGUGGAAGCAUGCAGGUCUGCCCGGCUCGGCAACGAAGUAGCAUUCUGAUGCAUUAUGGAUUGAAUUUUGGGUGGGCCCGAUAUUUGGUACCUUGGUAUGCAGGGCACAGCUGCAUAUUCUUUGAGGAGAUGGAUGGGUUCUUGCACUUUAAGACGCAAGGGAAUGCUGAGGAAGAGGAACCAAGGGGGGCAAACGAUCAGAUAGACCAUGAUGGCUUGACAGAGUGGACACUUUGGCAGCUUCUCGACUCCCUUCUUCCUGUUGGAGGUUUUACAAACUCCUAUGGACUUGAGGCUUCUUCUCAAGCUGGACUGAUCCAAACAACUGCAGAUCUCGAGGAGUUUUGUUUAGACAAUCUUGAGAGUGCUGGAGCAAUGUUUCUUCCUUUCGUGGUCGCUGCAGGCCGAGGAUGGUGGGAAUCACCUGGAGGUAAUCUCCAAGGUCCUGGACAAAGUAAGGGGGAAGAACCAGGGACAUACUUUUCAGAUGCGGUGAAAACCUGGGCAGAGGUGGACCAGCUGAUGGAUGCGUAUCUCACAAAUCAUGUGGGGAGGCGUGCAUCUUGCUCGCAAGGCUGUGCACUGUUGCGAUUGGUGUCGUCAACUUUCCCAGAACUAGUGGAGUUGAAGGAGAUGAGACGGAUGUGCAGGGGAGGUGUUGGAAGAAUGGAAGCCAGUCAUGACCAAUCGGUGGGCGCCAAUCAGGCUGCUUCUGGGCACCAUGCAGCAGCAUUUGGUGCGCUGUGUGCUGCUCUUGGAGUGAAAAGAAGGGUAGCCCAGAGAGCCUUUUUGUUUAUGACGCUGCGAGAUAUCUUGUCAGCGGCAACAAGACUGAACCUCGUCGGUCCUUUGGAGGCUGCAGGACUUCAGCACAAACUGUCAAAGCCAGCAGAGAAGGUGUUAGCAUGGGCCGCGGACAGACUAAUAUCAGAUGUCCACCAGACUGCACCGCUCUGGGAUCUUAUGCAGGGAGCUCAUGAUGAGCUGUUUGCCCGCCUUUUCCGGAACGGGCUUGUGCUGUCAGUCCUCUCCUCAGGCUCUGACAUCAUUGGCAUUGUUGUCGCUGCUUCUCUUGUGCCAGUUGGGGAUUUUCGCUUGACGUCAGGUGGAGGGUUGCAUGGUAUUUUGUCCCCAGGGGAGAAUGCAGGUUCCACUGCAGAGGUCAUGAUGACAUUUGACAGGACUCCGUUUCAUGCACAGCCUGAGUUGCAGCUGACAGUACAAGAAGUACCAUCUGUGCCAUAAGCUGCAUAAUGCUGCAAGUAUCACUGUGGAUCCAGAGUACUUGCUGAAAGUGUAUGCUCUUCUUAUUCUUCUUCUCGGACAGUCAUGGAGGGUUGUUGGCGCGCCAUUCCUUUGAAAACAAUGACCAGCUAAUUCCUACAAGAAGAAUGAUAAAUUAAUAAUAUCUCCAGGCAUGUCUUCGGCGGCAGCAACAGAAGUUGCGUUUCAGUUAUGGUGCAUAUUUAGAGCCACUAUCCGGUUGCACUUAGCGGAGCUCAUGCUCGUUGUCCGCAUCAUUGGGUUUAUUGUUUUGCUUGCGCUUCAGGUUACCAAAAUUCUCAGCAUUUUCUUUUCAGAAGCUGUUCGCAUUAUCUACUACAUCUACAGUACACUGCUUGUGUUCCAUCUACGACUGUUCUCGGUGCUAAUGCACGUGCACGUUCUGUGGUUGAUUUUUCUCCAUCCCCAGUUUUUGAAGCUUUUCCUCUACCCGUUGGUGAUGUCAUGGACAGAAUCUCUCUGCAAUCGCCGGUGGGCACGGAGACUCUCAUAAACCUGGAAUUUCCACACAGUAAAAGCAAAGAGGACUUCACUGAGGGAGUCUGUGAUGUGCCUGCAUUUGUGGAUGAGCUCACUACAAUAAUUCGCUAAUAGGAGUCAGUCUCCCCAUCUCAAAGUGGAUGAAGAAUGCACUUGUGUAAGGGAUCGAUCAUGUGUAGCUGAGGGAUGGGGGUGUUGCAAGAUAUGUUUCGAAUUCCUGAGUAGUGGAGGAAUCAAUAUGUAGUGAGUCCUGCUUUGGAAGGAGAUUGACACAAGUCCUUCAUGAGCGGUGGCAUCUAACAUCAUGUGCAAAGUAAAUGAAUGUGUUGCAGUGACAUUUUACCCUGGCACGUCUGAAAGGUCUUGUGCAAGUUGUGGCAUGGUCGUUUGCUGAAUUGCUUUGCUGGCAUGCCUUGAGUGGCAUGCUUGCUUUCUUUUGUGCCACUAAUCCGGCUUAGCUUUUGUUCAAAAGAACCCUGUUCUUGCUUGUUGGUGGAAUACUGCCAAAGUUGCCACUUUGCCUUCUCAGAAUUCACUCAUAGCAGUGAGUACUUUCUUGUGUUCCCAGCCCUAGCUUGUUGGUAGGCAUAGUGCGGCCCGGGCUUACCACUUUCUGUCACCAGAAUUCACUUGAUAGCCAACAAUCAGUGCGUCCCCAUUCAAACAAUUCAGAGUCUGGUGGAUGUGCCUCUGGCUUCCCUUGAGAUUUCUGUACGAUGGUGAGUAUGAGAUUGUUCUUGUGGUGAUGGCAUCAUCAUAACCUUUUCCUCAAAUCGAGCGCAUGACAACAGAGUACAUCCCCAGAGGAGGUUCCCAUCUCAAUGAUCAUUGGCGGUUCAGCUCGUCAAAGCCGUGUCACAUUGGUCUGCAACAAAGCAGAUGGCAGAGGAGUGGGCAGACCAUGGUGAUGAAGUUGGCAAACAGUGGAGCUGAGGAGUGGGAGACCGUAGAAAAACCAUGUUUGUAUUGGGCCUCUAAAAUAGCAGAUGGCGGAGGACCCAGGAGACCUUGACGGUGAAGUUGGCAAAAAAUGGACCAUGAGGAAUGAGCGAUGGUAGAGAAACCGUGUUUGGAACAGUUUCAGCGUCUGCGAUAAGAAUGGUGGAUCGAGGACUUGAGUAAACUUGAGCAGAUUCU